AUGCCUACCAAGGUGCGUAACACAGCCAAGCACCCCACCGCUUGAGAAAGAGGAAGAAAACCCGUACUCAUACACCACGCGCAGGUCGGUAUCAACGGUUUCGGCCGUAUCGGUCGCAUCGUCUUCCGCAAUGCGUACGUCUUCCAGCCAUCACAUGGAUGCCAGAAAGAGCUAGAACAUUGACGAUUACCGAACAGCAUCCAGCACAGCGAUGUCGAGGUUGUUGCGGUCAACGACCCUUUCAUUGAGCCACACUACGCCGUAAGUCUUGCAAAGCUUGCACAAGCUGGUCCCCUUGGACAACGCUGUGCAGUAUUAGAGCGUGUGAGCAUACCGUUGACCUGAUAGCGUAGGCCUACAUGCUCAAGUACGACUCCACCCACGGCAUCUUCGACGGCAAGAUCGAGAUCUCGGACAAGGACCUCAUCAUCAACGGCAAGAAGGUCCGUUUCUACAUGGAGAAGGACCCCGCUGCCAUCCCAUGGGGCGAGACUGGCGCCCACUACAUCGUGGAGUCUACUGGUGUCUUCACCACUACCGAGAAGGCCUCGGCCCAUCUUAAGGGCGGUGCGAAGAAGGUCGUCAUCUCUGCUCCAUCCGCCGACGCUCCCAUGUUCGUCAUGGGCGUGAACCAGGACAGCUACACCUCCGACAUCCCCGUCAUCUCCAACGCUUCUUGCACAACCAACUGCUUGGCUCCUCUCGCCAAGGUCGUGCACGAGAAGUUCGGCAUGAUCGAGGGUCUCAUGACCACCAUCCACUCUUACACUGCCACUCAGAAGACCGUCGACGGUCCAUCCGGCAAGGACUGGCGUGGAGGUCGUACCGCUGCUCAGAACAUCAUCCCAUCUUCCACUGGUGCCGCAAAGGCCGUCGGCAAGGUCAUCCCAUCCCUCAACGGCAAGCUCACUGGCAUGUCGAUGCGUGUGCCAACCUCCAACGUCUCCGUUGUCGACUUGACCUGCCGUCUCGAGAAGGGCGCCAGCUACGAGGAGAUCAUCGACGCCCUCAAGGCUGCAUCCCAGGGCGAGCUUAAGGGUAAGCAUUGCAAAUCGGAACUUGCGACUUGUACAGUUGGCUAAUGUACGGCAGGCGUUCUUGAUGUCACCGAGGACGACAUCGUCUCCUCCGACCUCAACGGAAACACGCACAGCUCCAUCGUCGACGUCAAGGCCGGCAUCUCGCUCAACAAGAACUUUGUCAAGCUCGUGUCCUGGUACGACAACGAGUGGGGCUACUCUCGCCGUGUCAUUGACCUCCUGGCCUUUAUCGCCAAGAAGGAUGGCAACGCCUAA